AUGGCGAUCCCAGUGAUUGAUUUCUCGAAGCUCAAUGGAGAGGAGAGGGUAAAGACUCUAGCUCAGAUAGCUAAUGGGUGUGAAGAAUGGGGAUUCUUUCAGCUAGUGAACCAUGGGAUUUCAGAGGAACUCCUCCAGAGGGUGAAGAAGGUUUGCUCCGACUGCUAUAAGCUGGAGAGAGAAGAAGGUUUCAAGAACUCGACGCAAGUGAAGUUGCUGAAUGAACUGGUGGAAAAGAAGAGCGAAGACAAAUUGGAGAAUUUGGACUGGGAAGACGUGUUCCUUCUCUCCGGUGAUAACGAGUGGCCAUCAAAGACCCCAGAAUUCAAGGAAACUAUGGCAGAAUACCGAGCUGAGUUGAAGAAGCUGGGUGAGAAAGUCAUGGAAGCCAUGGAUGAAAACUUGGGCUUGCCAAUAGGAUACAUCAAGAAAGCUUUCAAUGGUGAAGAAGCUGAUGCCUUUUUUGGCACUAAGGUGAGCCACUACCCGCCCUGCCCACAUCCCGAGAGGCUAAAUGGUCUUCGAGCUCACACUGAUGCCGGAGGUGUCAUCUUACUCUUCCAAGAUGACGAGGUGAGUGGCCUUCAAAUCCUCAAAGAUGGGCAAUGGAUCGAUGUCCAACCGCUAAGCAACGCCAUUGUCAUCAACAUCGGGGAUCAGAUUGAGGUGUUGAGCAACGGGCGAUACAAGAGCAUUUGGCACAGGGUUUUGGCCACGCUAGAUGGUAAUAGGAGAUCGAUUGCUUCGUUCUAUAAUCCAUCAAUGAAGGCCACCAUAGCUCCUGCACCAGAAUUGAUGGAGAAAGUGAACCAAGAGGUGGAUCAGACUUAUCCCAAGUUUGUGUUUGGGGACUACAUGUCUGUUUAUGCAGAGCAGAAGUUCCUAGCAAAAGAACCAAGGUUCAAAGCUGCUGUGGGGGCCAUGUAA